GGCUACCCAAAUCUUUGUACGAGUAUCUGUUUUUGUUGUCUUCUGUAUUUAUACGUAUAAUAUAUAUACGUGUUCUCUCUCUUGUACUGAAAAGUUCGUUCUCGAUUUCGAAGAUCGGGAAAUUGAAGUGUAACAGUUGGGGUUGAGUGUUGUCUAGGGUUUCUUGACCAUUGGAAGAUAGGGUUUUGUUUCUCAGGCGCGGGCUCUUGAUUUUUUAGCUAUUAAGUACUGGUGGUGAGGAAGGAUUGGUGGGGCUUCUAGGGUUCCUGCCGAGGAGUUGGUGAAUUGAUGAUUGAGGGGGAGUUGGUGAGAGGAGGCAGUGGAGAGAAAAUUGGGAAAAAUGCGACGGAUUUUUUAUUAUGUAUGGGAGGGAGCUGCAGGGAGGUGAGCUUUGUGAACGGGGUUGGUUCAGUCAGCACAUGCCGGCAACUGUAAGGAGGAUAGUAGCCGCUGGUGAUUCCUGUCUUACUUCUGUUACUGCGGAUUCUUUUUGCAAGGACGGUCGCAAAAUUAGUGUUGGUGAUUGUGCUCUAUUCAAGCCGCCACAUGAUUAUCCUCCUUUCAUUGGCAUAAUUCGCCGGGUUACACCAAGAAACGAAAAUAGUGUAGAGUUGGGUGUUAAUUGGCUUUAUCGACCGGCUGAAUUGAAUCUGGGCAAAGGAUUAUUUCUUGACGCUGCGCCCAACGAAAUUUUCUACUCUUUUCACAGUGAUGAGAUUCCUGCUGCAUCCUUACUCCAUCCGUGUAAAGUUGCCUUCCUUCCUAAAGUUGUUGAACUUCCAACAGGAAUAUCUUCAUUUAUUUGCCGGCGUGUUUAUGACAUUGAGAACAAGUGUUUAUGGUGGCUGACGGAUCAAGAUUAUAUUAAUGAGCGACAAGAAGAAGUAAAUCAACUGUUGCACAAGACUAGAUUGGAGAUGCAUGCAUCAUUACAGUCUGGAAGCCGUUCUCCAAAACCAACCAUCGUUCCAAUGUCGACAUCACAUUCGAAGCCUGGCUCAGAUAAUAUGCAGAGUAAUGUAACAUCAUUUUCUGCUCAAGUUAAGGGAAAGAAAAGAGAGAGGGGGGAUCAAGGUUCUGACCAGAUUAAACGAGAACGUUCUUCAAAAAUAGAUGAUAGUGAUUCUGGCCUGUACAAGACAGAAAGUGUACUGAAAUCUGAGAUUUCAAAAGUAACUGAGAGAGGAGGUCUUGUAGAUUUUGAGGGAGUUGAGAAACUCAUUCAACUUAUGCAACCAGAAAGAGUGGAAAGGAAAAUGGAUUUGACUAAUCGCUCCAUACUUGCUGGUGUUGUAGCUGCCACAGAUAAGUUUGACUGCCUUAACCGAUUUGUGCAGCUAAGGGGUUUACUUGUAUUGGAUGAGUGGCUUCAAGAUGUUCACAAAGGGAGGGUUGGGGAUGGUAAUCAAAAGGAUGGUGAUCAAUGUGUGGAAGAAUUCCUUCUAGUUUUGCUUCGUGCACUUGAUAAGCUUCCUGUGAAUCUUCAAGCACUGCAAAUGUGCAACAUUGGAAAAUCUGUUAAUCAUUUGCGCUCACAUAAAAAUAUGGACAUUCAAAAAAAAGCACGGAGUUUAGUUGACACUUGGAAGAAACGUGUCGAGGCUGAAAUGAAUAUGAUCGAUUCCAAGACUGGUUCUGGUCAAGCUGUUGCAUGGCCUUCUAAAUCUCGCCUUUCUGAGGCUCCCCAUGUUGUGAACAAAAUUCCUGGUGGGUCAAAUGAGCUCACUGGAAAGAGCUCAGUUUCCCUGCUUGCUGCAUCUAAAACUGCUCCAUUAAAGCCUUUGCAAGGGGAACCUAUUCUGAAAUCUGCAUCUUCUUCUCCAAGACCACUGAGGUCUGCGUCAUAUCCUGCACCCGGGAAAGAUAGUCAUGCCAAAGUUUCUAUUUCUGGCGCGCCUGAUUUUUCUCGGGAAGAUAAGAGCACCAGUCCUAAUCAGCCUCAUAGUCAUGGUCAAUCUCUCUCAGGAAAAGAGGAUGCAAGGAAUUACACUUUGGUGUCACUAAGUAACUCAAAGAUCUCUAAUAGCAGUUCUCGCCAGCGCAAGGCAAUCAAUGGCCUGCCUGGGACCCCGAUAUUUUCUGGUCAGAAAGAAAGUGCUAUAGUCAGAUGUACAUCACUGCAAAAGAAUUCUUUCCCUGAAAAGGUAUCUCAGUCUGCAGUGCCAGGUGAAAAAGCAGUUGAUGUGCCAGUUACAGAGGGAAGCAGUAACAAGUUGGUUGUCAAGAUACCAAAUAGGGGUCGGAGUCCUACACACACAGCGAGUGUAGGAUCUUAUGAGGAGCAUAGCAAUAUGAACAGCCGAGCUUCUUCCCCUGUGGUUUCUGAGAAAUAUGAUCAAUGUGAUCAAAAUGCAAAGGAAAACAAUGAUGCAUAUAGAUCCAUUGAUGCUUCCGAUGUGAAUGAAGAAUCCUGGCACAGUAAUGAUUUGAAAGAUAUAUUAACUGGGUCUGAUGAUGGUGAAGUGUCACCUGCUGUUCUCCCAGAUGAAGGACUCAGUAAAAUUGCUGAUGAUGGGAAACUAAUGGAAGCCUUAAAGGUUACUACCUCAUCAUCCGAAGCUGAUUUGGCUAGCAAACUGCAUGAAGCUUCUUUCAGCUCCAUGAAUGCUUUGGUUGAAAGUUGUGCCAAGCACUCUGAAGCACAUGCAUCAAUAUCCAUUGGCGAUGCUGUUGGCAUGAACCUUCUUGCUAGUGUGGCUACUGAAGAAAUGUCAAAAAGUGACAGGCAUUUGCCUUCUGCUUUGAAAUCUCCUCUUCCCAAUGAAACUUGCAUGCCUGAUGAUUCCAGAUGCAAGCCCUCACAUUUUGAAAACAUUCGGAGUGCGGGUAUUCGUAGAAAUGAUAAUCUUGAUGACUUUGGUGAGAAAAAGGUUGUUGAUGUCCGUAAUUCAUGGUCAGUGGAAAAGAUACGCCCGACUGUUAUUGCUGUUUUUGAGGCAUCUGGAGAUAAAAAACCAGAUGUUUCUCCUGAAGGUAAUGCAACUGGAGAUAAGCAUAAUGGUUAUUUGUGCAAUGAUUUAAAAGUAGCUGCAGUACCUCAUGUGGAGAAGCAUGAGAGGUCAAUUGAGAGAGAGAAUUCAUUUUCCUCUCCUGGUGGAGCAGGUCAGACAAAUAAUGGCGGGCAUAAAAAAUCUCAGGUAAGACAUGCAAUUCCUAGUGGAGGUUCCCUACUGGAUGAUGUGCAUGAUGCUAAACUGCAUGAUAAUGAGACACCAAUGUUGGAUGACAAUCUCUGUAAUGCACCCUCAUCCACAGAUGAUCACAAGAGAUUGGGUGAAGCUUUGUCUUCAGAUUUGUCACUUGAGGCUGACAUGAAAAACAAUGUCACUGCUGCUUUGGAGCUGAAUCCAUGUGUAGAAGCUGUGAGUUGUGAAGUGAUUGAAAAACAUGAAAAGGAAGUGCUACCCCCUUGCUCUAGUAGGGCGCCACUUGUGAAUAAAGUUUAUCAGGCUGAAGACGCAAAGGGUGAUGAUGUUUAUCAGUCUGAAAGGCAAAUAUCUGAUAAAGGUGGUGAUAAUCUAGUUCCGGAUGCUAAAUCUUUAGUUGAUAAUGGAUCUGCUUUUAUUACUGACAGUAAGGAUUGCAAAGAGGUCAAUGUUGAAACCAGGAAAGUUUGGUUGCGCCAUCCUGAUGGAUCAUUAUCUAAAAAAGAGAUAGCUGGAUUUUCAUGCCUGGAACUGGAGAAGCAUGUGGAUCCAAAGGAAAUCAAACCUUGUGGUGCUUUUUCUGACAAUGCAAGUGAUCCUGUGCCCACCACCAUUAUGGAGACUUGUAGUGUUGCUGCUUUGUCUCCAUCUUCUAAAAUGAAAUUUGAUUUGAAUGUUUCAGAUGAUGGGACAUAUGGUGAGGUGGGCAGUGCCGCAGUUCACGGAUGUUCAUCUGCUCUUCAUGUAAUGAAUCCACUGCCUUCUCCUGUUACUUCAAUGCCCAAUAGUGUUCCUGCCUCCAUAACUGUUGCUGCUGCUGCCAAGGGCCCUUUUGUUCCACCAGAGGAGUUAUUAUUGAGAUUUAAAGGGGUGAUUGGAUGGAAAGGUUCUGCUGCCACAAGUGCAUUUCGACCUGCUGAACCUCGUAAAGUUCUUGAUAUGCCUACGAGUUCUGUAGCUGUGUCUCAUUCUGAAGGUUCCAGUGAUAAACAUGCCCGUCCUCUUUUUGAUUUCGAUCUGAAUGUACCUGACGAAAGGGUUAUUGAGGAAAUUCAAGAUUCUGCAGCUGCAAUAGGCUCUACGUCUAACCAUGCGAGCCUAUAUGCUUUCAGAAAUGAACCCUCAGGUUCUUCUCCAUCUGUCCGUAGUUCUGGAGGACUUGAUCUUGAUUUAAAUAAAGCUGAUGACCCGAAUGAUGUGGGGCAGAGCUCUCUAAGCAGCAGUCUUCAUCGAUUUGAGGGACUCACCAAACCACUACAGAGUGGAGCUUCUAUGGAGGAGGGUAGGAGGGACUUUGAUUUGAACAAUGGGCCUGGUACUGAUGAUGCUAAUGGGGAACAAUCUUUAUUCUUAGAAAACGUUCGGGGAAGAAUCAAUUCCCAGCAAGCUGCUGCUUCUAGCCUUAGAAUGAACAAUCAAGAAAUAGGGAACUUUUCUUCUUGGGUUCCUCAAGGAAGCCCUUAUUCACUUUUGCCUGACCGUGGAGAGCAACCAUUUCAAAUGCUUCCCCUUGGUGCGCAACGUAUCUUAGGUCAUGCUGCUGCCGGUACUCCUUUUGCUCCUGAUGUUUAUCGUGGUUCAGUCUUGUCAUCCUCUCCUGCACUCCAUUUUCAGUCUGCUUCCUUCCCAUAUUCUAUGUUUCCCUUUGGCACCACAUUUCCUUCACAGUCACCCGCUUAUUCUGUUGGGCCUAACCCAUUUAUUGAAUCCACGUCUGGCGGAAGGCCUUUUGCACCCCUUGUCAAUUCACAGUUGAUGGGGCAUGUUCAGUCACAAUUUCCUAGGCCUUACAUGGUUGGCCUUCCAGAUGGUGUUCAUAGCGGGAGCGCUGACAAUAACAGGAAAUGGGCCAGGCAGGGUUUGGACCUUAAUGCCGGACCUGGAGCUGUAGACACCGAAGGGGCAGAAGAUUCUAUCCCAUCCAGACAACUUUCCAUUCUUGGCUCACAAGCAGCACUAACCGAAGAAAAUUCAAGGUUAUACCCAAUUCCUGGAGGUUAUCUGAAGAGGAAGGAGCCUGAUGGAGGGUGGGAUAACGAUAGCUUCAGGUACAAGCCGGCUUCAUGGCAAUAGAGUGCAUUAAGAAAGAAAGUGCUGCGGGGUGGGGCGUUGACAAUCUCCUGAAAGGUGCUGCGUCUUGCAGUUUUUCUCGACAGUAGGUGGGAAGCUAUUGAGCACAUUGUGCAAUCCCCAACUGUAUUCUGAUGGCACUCGGAGUAUGGAGUUGGGAUUUGCAAGCACACUUCCCUUUGUUGGAUGGGUGCAGAACUGCUGAUCAGUUUUCCCUCUGUAUAUACGUAAGGGCAUGUCUGGACCCCGUAAAAUGCUAGAGAAGGGAAAACAAUGGUAAGGGAAGUCAUUUUCUUAAGUUCAGUUUUAACUUUGGAAAGGAAAAUGAAAUAUAGUGUACUCAUAUUUCCCACAUCUUCUCUAUGAUAUUUUCCUAUUUUCUUUCACUAGUAUUUUCCGGGUUAUAAACCUGAUUCCUAACUGUCGGUAAGCUUGGAAUUUCUGUAAUGGUUCGGUUCCCAUACGCCCGUGGAAUUCUACUCUAUUAUCACAGGUCACAACAUAAUUAUUACUGUAAGUGAAGAAAUUCGUUUGUCCACUAGUGCGUAGGCAGGAUUUAAGCGAGAUUCUAAAAUUAAAUGUAAAUUGCUCAAGUUAUUUAAAAACUCCGAUGCAAUUAUAUUACUUUGUUGGCAUUGCAUUGUGACAAUUACUGAUUGUCACAUAUUUUUAUUAUUCCUCCCUCGGUUUUCAUGUUGAUAUUCUUGUUUUAGGUUAUAGGGUUUUACCAAGAAUAAAGUUAGCAUUCACUAUAUAAUAUUUAAAUUAGUAUUAGUAAUUAAAGUUGCCUAUUUUAUAAUUGUAUUUAGCGAUUUACUCACAUUUAGCGAUUUUACAGUAGUAAAAUCCAAUUUCAGCUGACAAAAGUCUGAUUAAUAAAACCAGGAAUGCCAAAUGUCCAAAUGAUGCGCUUGAUAUUUGAUGAGUAUAGCGCUUGAUAUUUGAUGAGAAUACUAAUAUCAUACCUGUGCUGCUGUGCAAUAGUUGAAUUAGCAAAUUAACUUUAUUAUUACAGAAUACAAAGUAUAUGUUUGGAACUUUGGUGCUCUUAAAUUUAUUAUCACAAUAGCGUAAUCAGCACAAUGAUUUCAUUAGUUACGCAUGUUGAAUCGGAUAACAAUCUUAGCCUC